CUUGUGCACUCGCCGCGCUUCUGUCAAACAAUCCGAUGCGCGGCAUUGUCUCAGUAGGGAGCAUUGCCGGCUCGCAAAAAGACCAAGACGCGUGCGGCUAACAGUUCUCGCCGCGGAACCGAGAGGUCGAGCAACGUCGCGCGAGUGUCAGUCGAGUGGUUGUUCCCCGUUUGAAGAUCAGCAUGACAGCGAACACGACGAGCGACGUAAGUCAUCGUUGUUCCAUCUAUGAUCGCGUUGUGUUCUCCGUCGAAACGAGUCUGCAGAAUUCGUCUACGACGACGACUUUCACCGUCGCGGGGAAUGUGCUCCGAGGGGAAAAGAAGACGUACGAGAUGAAACAUAGAUCCUGUGCACAGAUGCUGUACGGCGUGAUGAAGAAGAAUAGGAGCCGCGUUGUACAGGUGGACGCCGGCACAGGAGAAGAGGAAACUUACGGAGAGAUGCUGGAUCGAGCAGUGAGAUGCGCGCUUUGGCUGAGAAAACAGGGCGUGAAGAGGGGAGACAUCGUCGCGGUCGCGACGCACAAUCAUCUCGAUAGCUUCGUUCCCUGCGUCGCCGCGGUUUUUAUCGGGGCUAUUGUGAAUCCUUGGGAUGCCGGAAUGAAUGCAGGUCACGCACGGCAUUUCAUGAGCCUAACAGAGCCAAAAGUGAUCUUUGCGAACGAGCAGGCAGCGAGGGUCGCGCUGGAAGCCGCGAAAGCCGAAGGCGUCGAGACGAAGACGGUCGCGUUCGGCGAUUGUCCCGGCACUGUGGCUUUCACGGACGUCCUCCAAGGUCACAGCGACUUCGAGGUGGCGAGCUUCCGGUACGAGGAGGUCACCGACCUCCGCGACACAUCGCUGAUCAUGUUCUCGUCCGGUACCACCGGCUUACCGAAGGGCGUGCAGAUGUCCCACGACAUGCUGCUCAGGCUGCUGGAGAACAAGGACCUCGAGUUCGGUAACAUGACGCCGUUAUGGUUCAGCCCUAUAUUCUGGAUCACCGGCUGCUUCCUGAAUUUCAUGAGCCUCGCGUCCGGCGCCAAGAAAAUCGUUGCGACCGAAUUCGAUCCGCAGAAAUUGUGCGAGAUCUUGGUCAGAUACAAGAUCACCUGGCUGAUGCUGAGCACCAGCAUGAGCAAUCGAUUUGUCAGGUACAAGGAUCUGCCGAGCUACGACCUCUCGAGCCUCGAUCAGAUCAUGAUCGGCGGUGCCACAUUGAAACAAGAAUCGCAGGACGCGCUGAAGAAGCAUUUGCCGCACACGAGCGUGAUACAAUGUUACGGUAUGACGGAGCUGGGUGGACUGGCCAUGAUUCAGAACUCGAAUGGUGCCAGCGGUUCUUGUGGAACUGUGGUCCCUAACUGCGAGCUGAAAAUCGUGGAUGUGCAAACAGGAGGAAGCCUGGGCCCGAAUCUGCAGGGCGAGCUCUGCGUAAAGACGCCCAAUGUGAUGAUCGGAUAUUAUAAAAAUCCGACGGCUACGAUGGAGAUCUUGGAUGAAGACGGUUGGAUACACACGGGCGACCUGGCAUACUACAACGAGGAUGGAGAGGUCUUCAUCGUCGAUAGACUGAAGGAGAUAAUUAAAUACAGGGGACACCAAAUAGCGCCGACCGAGAUCGAGGAUCUCUUGCAAGCGCAUCCAGCCGUUAUGGAAGCUGCAGUCGUCGGUAUACCUCAUCCUACCGACGACGAUCAUCCCGUUGCUUUCGUCAGCAAAAUGCCCAACAAAGAAGUGACCGAGGAGGAAUUAGUGACGAUUGUGGAGAAGAAUUUCAUCGAUGCUUAUAAAUUACGCGGCGGCGUGAAUUUCUUGCCGAGUCUUCCUCAUACUUCCUCGGGCAAAGUAUUGAGGAUAGCGUUGAAAAACAUGGCGAAGUCGAUGGCGCUUCAGUAAAUACUCACGUGCUAUUGUUUCACGUUUUUUUAUUCGCGCGAAAAAAUGUUCGUUGCUAAAUGAUCUUGCGUACCUGUCACUUCCCGUAGAAAUCGCAUUAUUUUUGUGUGAACGCGAUCUAUAUGCAAGGUGUCUAAAAAUUGUGGUAGUUCCGGGAAAUCGGAGGUUCCUGAGGGCAUUCGAAGCAACUUUUUCCUUUGCGAAAAUGCGAUCCACGGCUUCGUUUACGAGUUAUUAACGAAAAACAG